ACAGCGAAAAGAUCAACAAGAGCAAAGGAGAUCUGAAUGAUCCACUGAUGAUGCAAAAGUGCUUAUUUUAUUGAUGUUUUUUUUUUUCCCUCUCCAGAUGAAACAGGCUUUCAGGAUAAUGAGGGUUUUGCUCUGAAAGGCUUUUGAAGUGAGCUGGAUGAAACACACACACACACACACAGUGGAUUUGAAACAAAGUCGCAGCAGGGUUCUGUUCUGGAUUCAGGAAAAAGUAGCAUGAAGGAAAUGAAUGCACAGUGAGCGAAUGUGGCGUCUGGAAGUCAGGAUCUAAGCUCCACAGUGGAAGUGAUGCAGGAAUUCCUGCUUUUACUGGGCUGGAAAUUGGAUUUGGAAUGACCCAAGGAGGCCAGUUAACGUGACACAUUCUCUGGUUACCCCUCCUAGUCUGAAAAGCCCUUUUCCCCCCUCUGUCUUAAUUUUCCUGGAUGACAUCAUGGUCUUUGGUAGGCCAAAUGUAACAUUAUGGGACAUCGGUGCUGUCGUCCGGAAGUCCGAGGGAUGCCUGUAUCAGAUGGAGACCAGCACCGUUCUGCUUAUUUGACCCCACUUUUGUAUGAAUAAUCCCAGAGUCGAAAACCAUUAGACCCACCAUGCAGGGAAGGCCCAGGCAGGCCCAGGAGCAGCAGCAGCAGCAGCCAGGAUGCCCAUCACCCAGGAAAACGCACUGAGUCACCUAACUCUCCUGGAGAGCUGGCUGAAGCUGAACCAGGAGGAUGAGUUUGAGAAGAAAGCGGGCGGUGCUUCGCCGUGUCAGGCUGCAGUCCGCAAGCUGGUAGAGUACAUCCAGCUGAACUUUACGGAUUGCGAGAGCUACGCGUGCAACGGCAGCACGCUUAAGGACGAAGCGGAUGUUGAGGUGCGGGCGGUCUGCUUAAGCAAAGCUGAAGGAGAUGGGCCUGAGUUUGGGCUCAGCUUUGGGAACAUCCCCAUCUUCGGGGAUCCUGAAGGGAAGAAGAAGGUGCGGCGCCGGCGCCGUAAGAGCGAUAAGGGCCCCGUGUUGGACGUAGGCUGCAUCUGGGUGACGGAGGUGAAGAAGAAGAGCCCCGCGGCGCGAUGUGGAGACAUUAAGUUGCGGGACGAGCUGUUGUCUCUCAACGGCCAGCUGAUGGUUGGAGUGGACGUCUCCGGAGCCAGCUACCUGGCGGACCAGUGCUGGAAUGGCGGCUACGUCUACCUGAUCAUGUUGCGGAGGAUCAAGCGCAAAGCCUCUCUCCCUGCAUGCAACGGCAGCGGUGGUUGCGCGGAAAUUCCCACCGAGCACUGCGGCGGUGCGCGUUCAGAGCCGGCGGUGGGCAGUCCCUCUCAGAACGGCAAGCGGACCCGCAAAUUUGGCGUCAUCUCUCGCUCCUCGUUUAGCCGAGACAGUAGCAAGGACAGAAACGGCGUCCGAGAUCACAAGCAUGAAAAUGGCUACUCUUCCAUGGAUACCGAGGCUACACAUUCAGAGCCCAGCUCUCCGCUGGGCACGCCGACCGAGGAGCGUCCAGUCACUGGUCCCUCCGUAGUGCUAAGCAACGAUGUCAGCACUGCCGCUGUGUCCGGGCGCCCGAACUCACGGCUGUCGGAGAGCUUCAGGUCUCACACGGGAAGGAAUGAACCAUCCAGCCAGCCCAAGGAGGGCAGUCGUAUCUGGAAGAUGCACAUGGUGAAGGGGCAGGAUGGCUUGGGGGUCCAGAUUACGGGCGGCCGUGGCUCCAAACGUUCACCGCACGGCAUCAUUGUGGCUCACGUGGAGCAAGGAGGAGCUGUACAGAGGGACGGACGACUCAAGGCAGGCGAUGAGCUGCUGAUGAUCAACGGUCAGUCUUUGGUCGGCCUCUCGCAUCAGGAAGCCGUGGCUAUUCUCCGGUCCGCUGCAGGCCUCGUGCAGCUGGUGGUGGCUUCCAGGGAUGAGUCUGAAGUGGACUUCCACAAAUACCCAUCGAGCAGCCUGCCUGAUCUCGUGAGCACGUGUUCGGCUCAGGACGCUCCGCCUUCCCCCGGGGACGGGAAGAAGAACUUGGGGCCGGAUCUGGAGGACGUGAGAGCCAGCAGUCUCUCCCUGCCCACCCAGUACUCAUUCACAGAGCUGGAUAAGCUGGAGGAGCACAGCCGACUCGAGGGACCGAAGGGAUGCCGCAGUCCGACACCUAUGAAAUUCCGCAGCAGAUCCCAAGGUGGUGGCAGUCGUCUGGAGUCUGUUGGAGAGGAUGACGAGUUGAUAGUGGAAAACAGCGAGGCGGGAAGUGACGCUGUGGAGAAACCAGCACGCGGUAGGCGGAAACAUUCCCUCCCACAGCAGCUGGACACCGCGGGAAUCCGACAGGAAUAUCAGGUCAUGAAGAAAUCGGCACGUUCCCUAAGUACCGCUCAAGUGGAGUCUCCAUGGCGACUGGCGCAACCGUCUAUUAUCUCCAACAUCGUCCUGAUGAAAGGACAGGGCAAGGGUCUGGGUUUCAGCAUUGUUGGAGGCCAAGAUUCUGCGCGAGGUAGAAUGGGGAUAUUCGUCAAGACCAUUUUCCCCAAUGGAGCUGCAGCAGCCGAUGGUAGACUCAAGGAGGGAGACGAGAUCCUCGAAGUAAACGGUGACUCUCUUCAAGGCCUCACGCAUCAGCAGGCCAUUCAGACUUUCAAGCAACUAAAGAAAGGGGUCGUUACCCUAACUGUGCGAACCCGUCUGAGGAGUCCGAGCUUGACCCCGUGCCCGACGCCCACCCUGCUCAGCCGUUCCAGCUCGCCCAAUUCCAACACCAGCAGCAGCACCCCUGUACCAGCGGGCUUCGAUGAAGGGGAGUACCGUAAGGGACCAGGUCCUAAAGACCGCAUCAUCAUGGAAGUCACGUUAAAUAAAGAGGCUGGUGUGGGGCUGGGGAUCGGCGCCUGCUGUUUAACGCUAGAGAACAGCGCUCCUGGGAUCUACAUUCACAGCCUGGCUCCGGGAUCUGUGGCCAAGAUGGAUGGCAGACUCAGCCGAGGGGACCAGGUGUUAGAGGUGGACUCCGUGAGCCUCAGACAUGCCGCGCUGAGUGAAGCCUACGCCAUCCUGAGCGAGUGCGGGCCCGGCCCCGUGAGCCUCAUCAUCAGCCGACAUCCCAACCCCAAGAUGUCUGAGCAGGAGAUGGACGAAGUGAUCACUCGCUCUACCCACAGAGACAGCAUGGGCAGUCAUUCUUCCUACAGUCUAGGACAAUCAUCCAAAAGCCCUUCUCCCAUGAUGAAGGCCAGGCAAGGUGAUGGCAACCAGGCCCUCAGCUGGACGAUGAAGAGGUUUUUGGAACCGGCCAGUCGACAAGCCUCUCUAAGCUCGGAAGCCGAGCUGUCUCAGUACUUCUCCCAUGACGUCCCCAGCCAGUCUUCCCUUUCAGCGAUGGGUUCGAGUGAUGAUGGUAUGCUGCACAACAGCAGGAGCUGCAGUUUCUCAGUGGAUGAGUCACCAGCACCUCAUUUACAUGCUUAUAAAGAGGGUAGCGUUUGUGUUAGAUCAUCCGGCCCUGGUAAUCGAACCACGGACCGGCAACCUAGCGUGACCAGCAGCCCCGGGUCGGUCCGUAGCCCUCUCCUACGUCAGCGCUGCGUUAUUUGCUAUGAAGAUGAAGAUGCCAGCGAUGAAGAUGAAGACGAAAGACCUUUCUGUCACCUAAAACAAGGAAACGAGGACGCCGCUCAGCACCAGGAGGAUGACUCGGGCAUCGGCGCCGCGGCUUCGUCGUUGGAAGUGGACGACGAAAGCCAAGACAGCAGCGAGGGCAACCGGCUUGAAGCUGUCACUCCUUUUUACAGCAGCUCAUUGGAGUCGGUGGAAGGAGGAGGAGGAGGAGGAGGUAACGGUGCCGAACUACCCGUUUUCUCUUCUGAGCACGGCGGCGCCAGGAAAGAGGCUAAGCGCUCGCCCAAGCUGGAGCACAAAGCUGUGACGCGUGUGAAAAGCAUGAUGAGUAUCGAAUGCCCCAACCCGGCACAGAAACCCAAGCCUGAGGAUGUCACUUCACCAACCCAAGCCACUCAGAGAGGGAGAACGCAGCACCACUGCAGGAGAGGCGAACUCAGUGAACUGGCAGGGAUCUGCACUAUUGAGACUGUUGUUCUUAAGCGCAGUGAAUCUGAGUCUUUUGGACUUGACCUAGAAAUCAAGUCAUCUCCUGUGAGGGUGCUGAUUACUGGCCUCAGGCCUGGAGGCGCUGCCGAGAGGGAAGCCAAGGGGAGAAUGAAUGUAGGAGAUGAAAUCGUGACCAUUGGGGACACUCCAGUGCGCACCUGCUCCUAUCAGGAAAUCUGCGAUCUCAUGCACAACCUGCCAGUCACACUGACCUUAGAGAUACAGAAACCAGUCUCAGCUGUAGAUCGUCUCUCUACUUUGAUGAUGACUUCUAGCACUGAACCGUCUAAUAAUCAGGAAACGGCAAGAGCUCCCCUAGAGGAACAAACAAGCACGGACAAAACUGUGGUUGAAAAUGCAGGAUUUCCCCUGACAGAACCGAAUUCUACAGAGAUGGACACAAACCACAGUGAAGAGGUUCCUGUGACUUACAUCGACGAAGUCGGAAACGAGUUAAACCCAUCUGAAAUCAAUGCAAAGUCAGUCUCAGAGACAGUUUCCGCUGCUCCUGCCGAAAUGCCUGUAUGUGCGGAAAAUAGCGUCAGCAACCCAGAAAACGAGGAAAGUCUGACUAACCCAUCACUACAGCCAACCGUGUUGGAUUUCUCCGUCUUGGAUUCAGGGAACAAUGGUUGCCUUUUGCCGAAAGGAAAGACAUUUUUGAACAGUUACUCCAGGAAUUAUAGUCAGCUCUCGGAUGAAAACGCAGACCUUUCCGUGAAAGGAUGCGAGGAGAAGCCGAGCAUGUACGAUAUGUUAGAGGAUAGCGAUUCUGAGAGUGACUCCGCUAUAGACGCUGCUGUGAAAAAUGAAAAGCCUCAAAGUGACUGUAAAGAUACUCAGGACACUGACACUGAUGAGGAGGUCGAGCUGUGUUACAGCGUAGUCAGUCAGAGAAAUCAAGAGAAGGUCAGUUAUCCGACUCUUAACAAGGAUAUCUCAGGAAACCAGACGGACAAGGAGCUGAUUGGUGACGGAGUACCUCAAAAAGCACCUUCGCACUUACAGGACUCAAAAAAGGCAAACUUUUCUACUUCUGUUACAGAACCAGAGAGUCCACUCGUUCCUCAGGCUACAAGUACAGAGUCUGGUUUGAGAGAAGAGCAUGUUUCUGAAGAAAAAAAGCAGACAAUACGUGUGACUCAGGGAGAUUUGUCAAAUCAAGAGCCAUCAGACAGUAAAGCUGAAAAGGUUUUGGCACCUGUCACAAACAGCGUGACACUUUCAAGUGUCAGUAAUCCCCCUGAAGCUCAGAAUAAUAGACAGCGGAGUCAAGAAAGGACAUCAAAAAUGCAUUCAAAUGAAGUGUUAACCUCGUGUAGACCCGACACUGUGCAAGUGCCAUUCAUGUCAUCUGUAACGGAGCCAAAGGCUUUAGAUAUUUCUAGUGGAAAAACAUCCAGUACACCAGCUACAAAGGACACAGAGAAGGAAAAAACGCACGACUCCAAGUCUCUUCUUUCUGAAAAUCACAGCAAGUCCAGCCCUUUGAAUCAUAAAACUUUGAACAAUAACCCCCUCUCACCCAGCUUAAACAGCAGACUCAAACUCGAAGAGAAAUCAAGCUGUUCUUCCAAACUUAAAGGUUUAAGUAUUAAGAGUAAAUGCAAAGGAUUAGAGGAAACAGGAUGCAGGACUCCCAAAGCCGAAAACCCUUUAUUAAAAAAGGCUCACUGCUCUCCCGUUCAGUCACCUAAACUACCAGUCAAAAGAAUCACUCCUACAAGUAGUCCAAAAAUCAGUAGAUCACAAGAGAAGAGUAGUUCCUCUCUUAAUAAACCAGUUGACCAAAGCCAGGAGAAGAAUCCCUCAGAUCUGUCCAACACCUUCAAAGCGAAUAAAACUAUCAAAUCUGAAACAGAAUAUAAAAGUUCUCAUCAUGCGCAAAGUGAGGCGUCGAAAGGUGAGAAUGCAGCUACACAAAGAUCUUUCAUCAAAGUGCGCCUGUCGUCUUCUUCAUCCCCAACGUCUUCAUCGGCACCGGUUCUAGCAAGCAAGCAAACUGCAAAUACCACUUCAACAAAGACUCAAGGAAGCCACUCGGCGCAUGAAGAUUCAGCACCCAAACUCUCAUUGGGAACAUGCGACUCUUUUACGCCUAAACAAGAGGAAAAUGAUUCGAUUAAAAGCUCAACCAAACCCGACGACAAAGUGUGUAGCAGCAUGUCCACCUCAGAGACGAGUCUCAAACCAGGCAAAUCCAAACUGUACCUUAAAGCAUUGGACCGAAGGAGCUACUCAACAGAUGGCGAUAUUCUCAAACGACACUCGUUUUCUGUUCAGCAAAGAAUUAAAUCCUUCGAGAACUUGGCCAGUUUUGAUCGUCCGGUCAUAAAAGGCAUCGACAUCCAGUCCUACGCCAUCGUCCCCAAAGCCAUUCUCAACAAGAGGUUGUCAGGCCCAGACCAGGUCAAUGAUAAUCGCGGUCUGAAAAGGAGUCUUAGCUCCUGUGUAGACAUUUUAAACGCAGGUCACUCUUCUUUACUGCAGCGAAAGAAUUCUCCUUCUAAAGCAGUUACGAGCGAUUCUGAACCAACACCUUCGCCUGAAUCCGCUGGGCCACGUCCAGAGGAAAGGGUGACAACUGAGGGUACCGUACCUGAGUCCAGUGCAGUACAACAUACUCCACCGGUCCUGCGCUCCCGCAAUGCUCGUUUUAAUGGUGGGAUAUCACGGUCGAAACUGAGGGAACUCCGGGCACUGAGCAUGCCUGAGCUUGAUAAGUUAUGCACUCAGGACUUCUCCCAAGACCCUGGCGAUGUCAUGUUUAAGACAGAGCUGGAAAUUCAACCUGCAAUGCCCACACAGCCCCCAUCGGACAACACACAGUGCACCAUCGUGACUAGGAUAAGCAUGUCGGAGCCUGGGGAGCAUGCACAAGAGCAAAGUGUGAGACAAUCAAGUUGGUCUGUUAGUCUGAAAGAUUUAUCAUCUUCGCCUGCGGAGCAGAAGAAGGUACAGGAUGUCCUGAAUUCCCUUCCGGCUGCAUCGGAUGUGAUAACUCUGAUAAAGCAGGUUAAAAAUCUUUCCGAGGUUAACGAGGAUGUUUACUUUGUGAUCUUGAUAAAAGAUGUUGGUUCCGGACUGGGUUUCAGCAUCGCCGGUGGGGUGGACCUGGAGCAGAAAUCCAUCACUAUCCAUCGGGUAUUCACACAAGGUGCUGCUGGCUUGGAAGGUACCAUUCGUCGUGGGGACGUUGUGUUGUCCAUAAACGGCAGCAGUCUGAGUGGGAGAACCCAUGGCGAGGCUCUCUCCUGUCUCCAUCAGACAAAGCUAGCCAAACAGGCUCUUGUGGUUAUCCAGAGAGGCAAAGACAGUGAACCGGUCACAGUUAGACAGGAACUUCUUAUAAAACCCAGAACGUGUUCUUCUUCAGCGUUCCCAGACAUCAACAGGGAAAAUGGAGCAGCUGUGGAGGUUGGGCCAGAUGGAGCGCUAAGCGUGGAGCUGCUGAAAACGUCAGCAGGACUGGGUUUCAGCUUGGAGGGGGGCAAAGCUUCAGCCCAUGGCGACCGUCCCCUCUACAUCAAACGCGUUUUCCGAGGAGGUGCCGCCGAUCUCUCUCGAGUUAUUGAUGUCGGAGACGAGCUCCUGGCUAUCAACGGGAAGUCUUUACAGGGCCUGAUGCACUACGACGCUUGGAAUGUUCUAAAGACUGCGUCCGAGGGCCCGAUCCAGUUAGUCAUUAGGAAACCACGCACCUCUGUAUGACCUCAGAGGACUUGUGCGCUGCUGCAUGUAAACGCAGUGACAAGCUGAUCUUCUUCUUUCUUGUUACAUACGAAGACUUUUUUUUUCACCCCCCUUCUUAUGUACCACAUCUCGGAUUUUCUUGCGAGGGCUCGGAGUCUCCUCUAUGAGUAUUUGUGCAAUCUUUGUAGCUUAAGCAGGUACUUAUUUGUACAGUGUAAUUCCCUGAACCCUGGAAUUCCUUUUUUUUUUGCUCUAAACGGAUUUAUUUUGUAAAAAAUAACAAAAACAACAAAAAAAAAAGCAUCCUACCCAAAUAUUCUGAAGUUCUCUUUCUCUGAUUGCUCGACUGACUUGAAGCUUUUAUGUUGACAUUUGGUGAAAUUGUGUCCCUUUUAUUUGCUUUGAUCUUCCUUACUUGUUUUUCUUUAGCCUGCUCACAGCCCCAAAAAGAUUUUACAGUUCCUGUAUAACAUGCUUGUUUUUUGGGGGGGUUGGAAUGUUUUCAGAAAAAAAGAAAAAAAAAACCCAAACAGCUAUUGUAUUUGCAAUAUAACACACUUCUGAUGAAACCUAGUAGCUGUCAUGUUGGAAAGCGUCAUACAUUUCACCAGCAAUGCUUUGAAUCACUUUGUUUUCCUGACUAUCUGCAGAACAUUUUGCAGAACCUAAUUGCGUGUAUAUUUUACAGACCUUGAGCUGUUGAAUCGACAUUGCUUUCGAUGUUGAAAUCACAUUCUGCAUGAAUGAUUCGUGUAAAUAUUGCAAUCACGAGCCGCAGCUUAUCUCGAUUCAGCAUUUUGGAAUAUGGAUAUGUCUGUGGAUUGCAUUUACACUCGCACAUGCGUUUCUUAAUCACAACCAUUUGUAAAGAGACAUGACUUUUUUUUUUUUUUUUGUUUUUUCAGUGCGGUUUUGUUAUUUAUUUCAUUGCAUUCUGUCUUAACAUUCCCUCAGUCUUGACCCACGACGGUACUGCAGCUUUAUGCGUGAGCUCUUGCUACAUUUCUGAGUAGAUGCGGACCUUUUAUUUAUGUUCAAGUUCACCUGAAAGAGGCCUGGCAUUUUGUGCAAAACGUAUUUGUGACAUACAUUAUAUUUGAAUUGUGUUAUACUGUAAUUAAAAAAAUCAGUUUUUCAGUUGAA